AUGCCCGAAAUAGGUUCAUGUACUGAUAUAACAUGUGAUGAUGAAAUUAAAGAAUUAUAUGAAUGUCAUUGUUGUUCACGUCUUGUUUGUUUAUAUCAUUUGAAUGGACAUGUUGAAAUAAUAAAACAAAAUAAACGACAACAAAUAUAUAGUAUUCGUAAUGAAUUAAAUACAGUUGUAAAUACAUUAAAACAAAUUAUUGAAGAAAAAUUAUUAACUAUUGAAUAUGAACAAAAUUUAAUUGAACAAGCAAAAAAAAUUCUUGACGUAUCCAAUAGUUCCAUUGAUGAACUACAAAAUAUUUUCGAAAAAAUUAAUAAAACAAUAAUAUCAAAUCGUUCAGAACCAACGAUGGUGAAAAUCGAACCAUCAUUAUUAGAAACUAAAUAUUGUUCUUGUAUUGGCAAACAUAAUAAGAAAAACAUGAAUUCAAAUAGUGUAGCAGAAGAAUUGGGAAGCUCAAGAAAUGAUGAUUAUUCAGCAGAUAUCAAUCAUGAUUUUAUUGAUAUUGUUUCAAUAGAUGAAACAACAGAAUCUAUUCAGGAUCAACAUGUAAAUGAAAAACAACAGGAACGUAAAUCAAAAUCAUACAGAAAUAUUGUUGAUAAAUGUCCAUUAACAUUUGAUGGAGCAUAUGGUCUUACUAAAGCAAAUCAUUCUAUUGAAUUUUGUGAACGUGGAACAACUCGUCGAAUCGAAUUAUAUCUCCAUUUUGUUUACAAGCAUCAAUUAAAGAAAGUUUAUGCUCAACGUUUGGUACAAGCUAUUGCCGAUAAUCAAGAUUCUAGAAUAACAAAAUUAUUUAAUGAAAAUGAAGAUGUAAUUGAUCAUUUUUAUAAAGUUCCAUGUCCUUUUUUUUACGGACGAGUUAAUUCACUAGAAUAUACUCAACGAAAUGUAACCAUUCCAUCAUGUCAACGUCGUUUAGUUGCACUUUAUAAAUUAAAACGUCAUUUACGAAUUAAUCAUAAGAUUUCGAAUUCAUCGGCACAAAAAUUAGUUGAUGAUUUCGAAAAACAUCGAACAAAAAAUAAUAUUGCUUUGGCUCCAUUAAUUUCAUCAACACCAUCAAAAUAA